UAUCUCGGCUUCAUCUGGCGCAUGCGCAGUGUCAUCUUGAUGUUUGAAGCCGCACAAUGGGCGGAGAUCUCUGCUGUUUCCUUCGAAAAUUCAACUGAAGAUCAACCAACGGGAAACGGUGCCCAUAUAGAUGGUUUAAUAGCGAUAUGCCAGUACGUGACCUGAGACGUGGAACUGGACUUCAUUACGAUGAUGGACUGGCUGUUUGACACCAUUUCCUUGCAGGAGGUUUUGCACCGCUGGUGUUUGAUCUGUCGGUUAUAAUAUCAACACAUGUUGCACCUGCAUUCGUUCUUCAAGCGGCCUCUUGGAUUCUGUCUUUGGAUUAUCAAGCUCACAGGUUGUUUUCAGGCCAGUGUUUGUGUGUUUAUGUGUUGUUCUGAGUCAUGGAGCCCAACAUGGAGUACAUAGUGGCGCAGGUCACGCAGAAAGAGGUUGGACGUCGCUUCCAAGUUGGACCAGAAAUCAUAGACUACAUCCUGGACAGACAGAAGUCACAUGACUUGGAACACGAUCAGACCAUGCUGGACAGGAUGGUGGACAGUCUGGCAACCUCAUGGGUCAACGCAAGCAAUUUUAAGGUGGCGCUGCUGGGAAUGGACAUAGUGUCCGCUCUAGUGACCAGACUACAGGAACGCUUCAGAACACAAAUAGGAACAGUUCUGCCCAGUUUAAUCGAUCGUUUGGGUGAUUCUAAGGACCAGGUUCGAGAUCAAGCACAGUCGCUUCUGUUAAAAAUCAUGGACCAAGCGGCCAAUCCGCAGUAUGUUUGGGACCGAAUGCUGGGCGGCUUCCGUCAUAAAAACAGCAGGACCAGAGAAGCUGUUUGCUUUUGCCUUAUCUCUACUCUUAAUGUAUAUGGAGCCCACGGAUUAACCCUUAGCAAGAUUGUUCCUCAUAUUUGUCACUUGUUGGGAGACCCCACCAGUCAGGUUCGAGACAGUGCGAUGAACUGCCUGGUGGAGAUUUACAGACACGUGGGGGAGAGAGUGAGGAUGGAUCUGGGUAAAAAGGGACUGCCGCAAUCACGGUUGAAUGUGAUUUUCAGCAGGUUUGAUGAAGUCCAGAGGUCUGGGAACAUGAUCCUGUCCUCAGAUAAGAACAUCGACGAUGACGAGUCAGUGGACGGAGGACGUUCCUCGUCAUCCUCUAAAGGAGUGUCGUCGGUGCGGCGGACGGGAUCCCUGCGCAGGCCGAGCUCCGCGUCCAGCGCCAAGAGCUCAGGUAAAGAGAGCUCUGGUGCCGGAGCUGUCGAUGAAGAAGACUUCAUCCGUGCCUUUGAAGAUGUGCCGACCGUACAGAUCUACUCGGCUCGAGAGCUCGAGGACUCCAUGAACAAGAUCCGAGAAGUUCUCUCCAAUGACAAACAUGAUUGGGAACAGCGAGUGGCUGCAUUAAAGAAGGUGCGUUCCCUGCUGUUGGCCGGCGCAAGCGACUACGAUGGCUUUUCCCAGCAGCUACGGCAGCUGGAGGGGGCGCUCAAACUGUCGGCUAAAGACCUGCGCUCACAGGUGGUGCGGGAGGCCUGUAUCACGCUCGGGCACCUGUCGUCUGUGUUGGGGAAUAAAUUUGAUCACGGAGCCGAGAACAUCAUGCCAACGUUACUCAACCUCGUCCCCAACAGCGCUAAAGUUAUGGCCACAUCUGGAAUGGCGGCGAUCCGUCUCAUUAUACGACACACGCACUAUCCACGUCUGAUUCCCAUCAUGACCAGCAACUGCACGUCUAAAUCUGUGGCCGUCAGACGACGCUGUUAUGAGUUUUUAGACCUUCUGCUUCAAGAAUGGCAGACGAAUUCUCUAGAGAGGAACAUCGCUGUCCUGAUGGAAACCAUUAAGAAAGGAGUUCAUGAUGCCGACUCUGAGGCCAGAUCGGUUGCUAGAAAAUGUUACUGGGGUUUUCACGCCCACUUCAGUAAGGAGGCGGAGCAUCUGUUUCAGGCGCUGGAACUGACCUAUCAGAAAGCGCUACAGUCUCACCUGAAGAGCUCGGACAGCAUCAUGUCUCUGCCGCAGUCCGACCGCUCGUCCUCCAGCUCGCAAGAGAGUCUGAAUCGGCCGCUUUCUGCUAAAACACCUGUCGGGAGCAACCUGAGCAGAACUAAAGUCAUGAGUUCUCGCGGGUCUUCUUCGUCCGGUUCACUCCAGCGAUCGCGCAGUGAUGUCGAUGUGAACGCUGCAGCCAGUGCCAAAUCACGAAUGCCCACUGUACCCACUGCUGCCCCCUUCAGCUCUGCCACGGCGCUGCCGCCCGGUUCCUACGCCUCACUGGAUGCCGCUGGUAAUGUAGAGGGUCGUGUGCGAACAAGGCGUCAGAGUUCAGAGACGACUGCUGUGGGCGGAGCUUCUGUGACUGACAGCAGGGGGAGGAGCCGAGCCAAAGCUGUGUCCCAAUCACAACGAUCCAGAUCUGCUAAUCCAGUGGGGGGUAAAACUCACGCGGGCAGCCGCUCCAGUUCACCUGGGAAGAUCUUGGGUCAUUCUUACGGGAGAAUCCCUCGAGCCACUGGAACGCCGUCGGACAAGCGCAGUAAGAUCCCGCGGAGUCACGGCUGCAGUCGAGAGACGAGCCCCAGCCGCGGCCGAGAGGUGCGGGGCAGUCGUAUCCCGAGGCCCAGCAUGAGUCAGGGCUGUAGUCGUGACACCAGUCGGGAGAGCAGUCGAGACACCAGCCCGGCUCGAGGGUUCAGUCCGCUGGCAUCCCACAGACACUCUCGUUCCACCAGCGCGCUGACGGCGGGUGACGUCCUGCUGACAGAUCGUUUCGGUCUCAUCCAUCAGGCCCGUAUCUCAGCGUCGGUGAACGCCAUGCGGAUCUUGAACACGGGCACAGAGGUGGAGGCGGCCGUGGCAGACGCUCUGCUUUUAGGAGACUCCAGGAAUAAGCAGAGGCCCAUGCGGCGGCGAUACGAAUCUCCAGGCAUGUACUCCGAUGACGAUGCGAACAGCGACGCGUCCAGCGCGUGCUCCGAACGCUCCUUCAGCUCACGGAACGGCGCCAUGCCGCAUUACCUGCGUCAGACGGAGGACGUGGCGGAGAUCCUGAACCACUGCGCCAGCUCCAACUGGUCCGAGAGGAAAGAGGGGCUGCUGGGACUCCAGAACCUCCUGAAGAGCCAGAGAGUCCUCAGUCGUGUGGAGCUGAAGAGACUGUGUGAGAUCUUCACCAGGAUGUUUGCAGAUCCUCACAGCAAGGUGUUCAGCAUGUUCCUCGAGACGUUGGUGGACUUCAUCACGUUACACAGAGAGGAGCUUCAGGAUUGGCUGUUUAUUUUGCUCACGCAGCUGCUGAAGAAAAUGGGGGCCGAUCUUCUGGGGUCUGUCCAGGCCAAAGUUCAGCGGGCUCUAGACGUCACCAGGGAUUCGUUUCCGUACGAUCAGCAGUUCAACAUCCUGAUGCGGUUUAUUGUUGAUCAGACUCAGACUCCAAACCUCAAGGUGAAGGUGGCCAUCCUGAAGUACAUCGAAUCUUUGGCCAGACAAAUGGACCCGUCAGACUUCGUGAACUCCAGCGAGACCCGGUUAGCCGUCUCUCGGAUCAUCACGUGGACCACAGAACCAAAGAGCUCGGAUGUCAGGAAGGCGGCUCAGAUGGUUUUGAUCGCCCUGUUUGAGCUCAACACCCCAGAGUUCACCAUGCUGUUAGGCGCUCUGCCCAAAACCUUCCAGGACGGAGCCACUAAACUCCUGCACAACCAUCUGAAGAACAACAGUAACGCCGCCACAGGGUCUCAGGCGUCUCCCAGCAGCCCCGCGGGACGCGCCCCUCCCAGACACCCCGUGACCCGCACCAGCCCGCUGUCACCCACCAACUGCUCGCAUGGAGGACUUUCUCCCAGCCGUUUGUGGGGCUGGAGCUCAAAGGCUUCUUCUCCUCUCAUUCCCCCCCACCCCGGCCCCGCCACACCCCCUCUCCGGGCUCAUCGGCGGGCGUAUUCGCCCAGUAUGCUGGAGUACGACACUGAGAACAUGAACUCUGAGGAGAUCUUCAGCUCUUUGAGAGGCGUAACCGAAGCCAUCCAGAGCUUCAGUUUUCGCAGUCAGGAAGAAAUCCUCGAGCCCAUCAAACGUGACGGCAAGAGGGAAGAUACGACCGGUGUGGCGUCGCCUGGUGUAGAUCCUCGUCUGACCACAGGUGUGAUGGAGGGAGGCCGGACGGCACUGGACAACAAGACGUCCUUAUUAAACACACCGUCCCCUCGAUCGUUCAGCGGCCCGUGGACACGCGAGUACAACCCCUACAACUACAGCGACAUCAGCGCCUACGAGAAGGGAGCGCUCGCCGUGUUUGACGACGUGGAGCAGAUCCGAGACGGUCGUCAACAGGACGGUGGAGAAAACAAAAUCAUGCAUCCCAAAGGCUUUUCUGCAGGACCCGGGCAGCACCUGGAGAUGGUUGGCGACCUGCUGAAGGAGCUGUCCAAUCACAGCGAGCGCGUGGAGGAGAGGCGGGCCGCUCUGCUGGAGCUGCUGAAGGUCACACGUGACGACAGUCUGGCCGUGUGGGAGGAGCAUUUUAAAACCAUGCUGCUGCUGCUGCUGGAGACGCUGGGAGAUAAAGAUCACACCAUCCGAGCUCUGGCGCUGCGCGUCCUGAAGGAGAUCAUGCGCAGUCAGCCGGCGCGCUUCAAGAACUACGCAGAACUGACCAUCAUGAAGACGCUGGAGGCCCAUAAAGACUGUCACAAAGAGGUCGUGCGGGCCGCAGAAGAGACGGCCUCCACGCUGGCCGGAUCGAUCCACUCCGAGCAGUGCAUCAAAGUUCUGUGUCCCAUCAUCCAGACGGCCGACUAUCCCAUCAACCUCGCCGCUAUUAAAAUGCAGACCAAAGUUAUCGAGCGGAUUCCCCAGGAUUCCCUGGUUCAGCUUCUGCCCGACAUUAUCCCAGGACUGUUACAGGGUUAUGAUAACACAGAGAGCAGCGUACGCAAGGCCAGUGUUUUUUGUUUGGUGGCCAUUUAUUCUGUGAUCGGUGAAGAUCUGAAGCCUCAUCUACAGCAGCUGACCGGCAGCAAGAUGAAGUUACUGAAUCUGUACAUCAAACGAGCUCAAACCACCAACAGCAACAGCAGCAGUUCUUCAGACGUCUCGUCUCACAGCUGAACGUCCUUAAACUCUCUCGAAAGACUUUGCACAUUUGGUCCAUCGUGCGAGUAGAUCUGGUUUAGGUGCACAUUUGCUUUAUUAAAGGGCACAUGAUUCAUUUAACAGGUGCAACCACUUACACAACUUUAACCGCAGCCCGUGGGGGUUUGUGAUUGGUUGCGUUUGUGCUUGAACGAACAUCUGCUAGUGUGUGUGUGUGUGUGUGUGUGCAGCAGUUGAGCCUUUGUGUGCGAGAGAACUGUUGUGAGGGCUUUUAUUCUCUAAUGCUUUAUUACUUUUACCGUUACAUUAUUGCAGUGUCGUUUAACUUCCUCACAUUCAAAGCACACGUAAAGUUCUCUCCAGUCGGCCAAUCAGGAGUCGUGUUACAUACCUCUAGCUUCACCAGAGACGUCCGUUGUCGUUUUCACGUCUUUUAACGCUGCUGCCGCCGCCUCGAGUUCUCUCUUACGCUCUUUUAGUGACGAGUGUCAUUUUUUUGGGCAUCUGAAAAUAUGCAAGAACAGAGAUUGUAUUUGUACUGUAUUUGUUUCAUGUGUGGCCAACAGGUGAAGAGGUUUUGCUCAAAGAUGAAUAUUAGAGCAAAUUCAGUUUGAAAACUCUCAUUCCAGUCCAGUGAUCUAAAAAAACCCUGUUAGCAUGAAGGUAUUUUAGGAGGACCAUGAUUAUCUCAACACUAACAGGGAGAUUUAUGUCUCCUUUUGUGAUUUAAGGACCAUGUCGAUAUUGUUUUUUUUUAACAGAACAUACAAUUAGAUCUUUUAGAUAGGAAUAAUUACCACAAAGUAUUAGAAUAAUCAAAUCAGAUGAUCCAAAACAAAACUGAAUCAGGUUUCGCUGCAUUUGGCCUUUUAAAAACGAAAGCUUCCACUUACAAACACUAAAUCUGUAGCAGGAUUGUGAUUUCAAACAAUGUAUAAGCAUAUAUGUGGAAAAUUCUAAAGUUUUAGAGCAAUAAUUUCAACUAAAAAAUGAUCCAAAUUGGAUUUUUAUUAGUCAAAUUGCGGUUUAAACCCAGUUUUCUGGUUUAGGACGGUUUGUGCCUGUUCGGCCGUUUAAAGUGCUCUGCUAGUCUUUUUGUAAACUAUUUUAAAUCUUGGUGCUUAAAUGAAUCACUCUGUGCUAUUGCUGAAUGUUUAACUUUAGAUUCCAGUCAUUUUUCCUUUUUUUCUGGUUUGAAUUUAAGCGCCUUACCAUGAAAAGAAAGAUGAUAUACACAUGAUAUUGUCAUCCGCUCUUCUUAGAAAUCCCAAAGAACAUUCCACACAAAAAACUGGUGAUUUUGUGGAGUGAAUCAUCUAUAAUCCUUCUAGUAUUUGUUAGAAUUUAUUCAUUUAGUAUGAAAAAAAUAAACAAUGAAGAUAAUAUAUUUUAGGGUACGUUUACACAACAACAAUGUACUAAAAAUGGAAACGUUUUUUCCUUUGCGUUUUUUGUGUACAGACAACAACAUAUAUCUGCGAAAACAACUAAAACACUAUAUUCUGCUAUCAGGCCAGUAGAUGGCGAUGUUACUUUGUAAACAAACACUAUGCGCCUAUAGACAAAUAACACAAAUUCACGUUUUUAUCUUAUAGUUUACAUAGAGAGACGAUAACCGUAACUUUUUCAGAAAUUUGCAGUUUGAAACCCGUUUUAGUUAGCAUUUUCAGGCCGCCAAAAUGCUGUUGUCGUGUAAAUGAACGGCCAAAAACGCUGUAAAAAAAAAAAAAGUUUUCCGUUUUUAUCUAAAACGGUGUUGUGUAAAUAACCCUUUAAGUUUUAAACAUUUAUUCCUAAGGGGCUGUUUACGGAACACCGUUUUCAACUAAAAACAAAAACUUUUUAAUGCGUUUUGGCUGUUCAUUUACACGACAAUGGCGUUUUGUGGGCCUGAAAAUGCAAACUUUUAAAAAAAAAUCCGCAACUGUGACGUCUAUAGGCGCAUGAUGUUUCUUUACAAAGUGACAUCGGCAUCUAAAAAUGGAAACGUUUUUCCUUUGCGUUUUUCAUGUACAGGCGACAAUAUAUAUCCGCAAAAACAUCUAAAACACUGUAUUCUGCUGUCAGGCCAGUAGAUGGCAAUGUUACUUUGUAAACAAACACUACGCACCUAUAGAAUGAACACGUAACACGCAUGCUCAUGACGGCACCGUUUUCACAAAUUCGCAUUUUUAGUUUACACAGAGAUAAUAACCUGUUCUCUUUUUAAAAAAUUUGCCAUUUGAAACCCGUUUUCAAAAGUUUGCAUUUUCAGGCUGCCAAAACGCUGUUGUCGUGUAAAUGAACGGCCAAAAAUGCUUAAAAAGUACAUUUUUAGUUGAAAUCGGUGUUGUGUAAAUUACCCCUUAAAUUUUAAAUGUUUUUUCCUAAGUGGCCGUUUAGGCAACACCGUUUUUUUUAACUACAAACGGAAAAAAUUUGUAUGCGUUUUGGCUGUUCAUUUACACGACAACAGCAUUUUGCGGGCCUGAAAACGCAAACUUUUAAAAAACCCGCGACUGUGAAAACUAUAAAAUAAACUAUAAAAUAAAAACACGUAUUUGUGAAAACAGUGCCGUCAUACGCAUGCGUGUUACGUGUUCAGUCUAUAGGCAUGUAGUGUUUCUUUACAAAGUGACAUCACCAUCUAAAAAUGGAAACAUUUUUCCUUGGCAUUUUUUGUGUACAGAAAACAACUAAAAUUGCUGUAUUCUGCUGUCAGGCCAGUAGAUGGCGAUGUUACUUUGUAAACAAACACUACGUGCCUGUAGACUGAACACGUAACACGCAUGCGCAUGACGGCACCGUUUUCACAAAUACGUGUUUUUAUUUUACAGUUUACACAAAGACAAUAACCAGUAUUAUUUUCAAAAAUUUGCAGUUUGAAACACGUUUUUAAAAGUUUGCGUUUUCAGGCCACCAAAAUGCCAUUGUCAUGUAAAUAAACGGCCAAAAACGCUUAAAAACUUUGAUGUUUUUAGUUGAAAUUGGUGUUGUGUAAAUGACCACUUAAAUUUUAAACGUUUAUUCCUAAGGGGCCGUUUACGCAACGUUUUCAACUAAAAACGGAAAAACUUUUUAAUGCGUUUUGGCCGUUCAUUUACGCAAAAACAACAGCGUUUUGAGGGACUGAAAACGCAAACUUAUGAAAAUGUGAAACUGUGACGUCAUGCGCAUGCAUAUUACGUGUUCAGUCUAUAAGCGUGUAGCGUUUCUUUACUAAGUGACAUCGACAUCUACUGGCCAGGCAGAAUACAGUGAUUUUAAUCUUUUUCGCGGAUCCCUGUGAACGGGGAUCAUUUUGACCGCUGUCGUCUGACGUGAAAAAGGCGAAGGAAAAACUUUACCGUUUCUAGUACAUCGUUGUCGUGUAACUGACCGUCAGUUACAAGAUUUCUCUGCAUGCAGGCAAUCAAUACACAAGAGCUGAAGAACUGAUUCCCUCGUACUGUUCACUUCAUUAAUGCUGGUAAGAGAAUCAAAUAUUCAGAUUGUAAAUAGUUUAUAGUGAACUACAUACGGACCUGCUAGAAUCUUUAAUUCAGUAUGAUAAGCAACUCAAAGAUCUUACCGAGUAAAUCACCAACUCUGACGUUCCUGCUUUACUAGUGAACUGUGGAUAAAACUCAUUUUCUGAAGGGAAGAUCCAGAGUUUUGCAUUUAAACGCUUUGCUGAUGCAGUAGAUUCAGACAUAGAGCUUCACAUGCUGCGCAUGCCUUCCGUUUAAUAUCCACGUCUGUAUUUAUUUUACACGUUGUGCUUUAUGGCAGCUGUAUAUAUAUAUAUGAACUGUUUUUGUUAACUUUCACCUGUGUAGAAUUUGCAAUCUGUAAACUAUUUGCUCUAGAUAAACGAAACCUGAGUUUUCCAA